AUGAGCACACUUCUCGAACCACGUUAUCUCCCAAAGCGUCUGAUUGCCCUCGAAAAGCACGUUGUCUCGCCGUCGCUCGAAGCAGAGGUGAUCGCCGGAGGUGUAGUGCAGCGCAACCUCCCGGGUACGCUCGAUAAGCUGAAGGAUGUCGGUGCCGUGCGCAUCGCUGCUAUGGACGCCGGUUAUCUGUCUAUGCAUGUCCUUGCGCAGCAAUCUGCCUUGGGCUUGGAAGAUCCUGAGGGGUGCCGCGGAGCAAACGAUGCUGUUCACUCUGUGAUCGUGUCCAGACCCACACGAUUCGCCGGAUUCGCAGUCCUGCCUAUGUCGCUUCCAGAAGAGGCUGAAGCAGAAUUGAACCGCAGCGUCACGACCCUUGGAUCCACAGGCGCGAUGGUCUGGAACCAUCUCAAAGAUGGAAUGUACUACGACGCCGCACGUUUUCAUCCAGUCUUCGCCACGACGCAGGAACUCGACGUAACGCUGUGCGUACACCCUGCUACUCCCACCGCAGAUAUUGCAUCCAAGUUGUUCGCGGGUAACUUUUCAGCCGCCGUGACGGGAAAGCUCGGGAUAACGUCGUGGGGUUGGCAUGUCGAUGCGGACUCCUUUGUCUUGCGCCUCUAUAGCGCGGGACUGUUCGAUCGCUUUGCCAAGCUAGUGCUCAUAAUCAGACACAAUGGCGAAAGGCUGCCCAUGUUCAUUGACCGAAUCGAUUUGACGGGAUUACGCACCGAUGCGACGUUCGAUCGGGUGUGGAAGACGAAUACCUGGAGCACGACGAGUGCAUUCUUUACUGUGAGACAGUUCUAUCAGCUUAGGCAGGUGAGCCCAGUUGAGAGGAUCAUGUAUUCGGUCGAUUAUCCGUUCGGUACCAAUACGGAUGGCUGGGCGUUCGUGGAGAAGUUGGCGGAAGCGCAGGUACCAAGCGACGCUGAGAUGGACAUAGUUGCGUGGAGGAAUGCUGAGAAGUUGCUGGGGUUAUGA